UAUUCAACUAACAUUUCUUAUCAGUCUAUCAACCAAGAAAUGGAUUUAGGACUCGAAGAUGAUGAUCAACAGAUCAAGAACCUCCGUACAGGAGACUUGGUCACUUUCUAUUCGGAUCAGGACGAAGAGGAGGGCUUCUUGAGUAAGACAGCAGACUCUGCCGUCAUACUACCCAACAAGUCAAAGGAGUGCGUAUUCAAGAUUCAUCCAAUGACACACUACACAGCGAGAAAGGCACUGAAAAAGAAGGCAAAGAGGAUUGGAGGAGUAGCUGGAGCAGGUGCUAGCAGUCCUGCUAUCAACGCGAGCUCUGUUGUUGGAGCUGAUCAAGACCAGGAGAAGGACGCCGACUUGAAGCAACUUGAGGAGUAUCAGGACAUGGAGGAAGUAACCAACGAGGCAACAAUGAUACAACUAGAGGGACGAGAUCUUGUGUACGGGCAGAUCAUUCAACUGUUCCACCAGAAGAGCAACCAGUUCCUAUUUGCCAAGCAAUACAAUGCCAAGCAUACAGUCGUUGGAUUUCGCAGCGGUGGCAAUCAGAAGUGCUAUUUCAAGAUAGCACCCUCACGAUCCUUCAGUCGAAUGGAUGGCUCAAAAGUACAACACAGCGAUCUUGUCCAGCUACGACACGAGAAGUCAGGACUAUACUUGCGCAUCACCAACUUUUGCAAUGAGAAGGGCAUGUUCGAGGUGAUCCUCUCUGAGCAGGGUACUCUUUGGAAGAUGUCACUGUCUGAUGUAGAGGGCAAGGUGGGCAUCAAUGUGGCCAAAGCCAACGAACCAUUGCGAUUCUUUCACCGCGAGGGAGGAUACGUCAACGCCAACGAAGAAGACUCCAACACUACAUUCACAUACAAGACUAAGACGCCAUCAUCAGUCAAGACUCUGUUUGAGAUCGAACUGGACCACAGCUCAAACAUUCCCACAAAGUCCAUGUUCUUGUCAACCAAGAACCUAUUCUCUUCUUUGGCAACAUCCAACGACAUCACCUUUGGCCAGCACUUUAAGAUACGUCUCUUUGGCACCAAGAACUAUCUAUCACUUGGUAGGGGCUUCGUGAGCAACGAAGUACCUACCAUUACAGUCAAUGGCAUGUCAGCGAGCAGCAAUUCAGUGCCGGUUGCUGACUCGGCCUCUGACCCCAACUAUCAAGAUGACAUUCCCUUGAUACUAGUGCCAGAGUCUGAGAAGAACACACCGAAUGCAACAUUUUACUUUGUACCAAAGGAACAAACCAACACUGAGCAUGUGACCUACAACUCAUUCUCUCAAAAGGAGGACUACAAGUACAUCACAUCGAGGAUACAGAGGAUCAACAGCUACUUGGCACCAAUGCAAGAGCUACGAAAGAAGAUAUCAUUGCAAGAGUUGAGAUCCACUCUCAUUGAUAUGAUCAAGUUUUGCACUCAAUCAGAUGUUGAAGAUCCUUUAGAGCGAGAGGGAACUCCAAUCAAGACACAUCAAUCACUGUUGGCUAGCUCCUACAACCUUUCUGUUCUGUUGGACCUGCUCAAGAAGUUCUUCAAUCCCUUGGAUCCGCUCACCAUCAGUUACAUCUAUCGAAUCUUCAAGCAGAUAUGCAAGUCCAAUGUAAAGAACGGAAUAGCUAUCAACAAACAUAUCAAGACCAUCGCUGGCCCACCAGAGAUUCGUGAGAAGGCCAUAUCAUUUGGACUUGGCUCAAUCCUGUUGGACAUCUACAAGAACAACAAUAUACUUCUGGAGAACUUGACCGAGGACAAGGUGAUCGAGUUCAUUGACGAUAUCCGACUCACAAAGGACCCCAGGUACUUGGAGUUGCUGAGCGAGCUCUGUGUGUGCAAUGGAAAGCCCAUCGUGAAGAACCAACAAUACCUGUGUGACCUAUUGCUUGAGAGGAACUCUGAUCUCCUACUACGAACCAAGGUUGGCACCACCGUGGAGGUCGAGGUGGCACCAGGUCGAUGGAUGUCCAUGCCAGAGUUCAUGAGCAAAGGUGACGAGAAGACACAGCGCUACUUUGAACAAUCACUGUCGCUCUACGCCAACAUAUCUCGUGGCCGCAACUACAAUGGCAUUCGACUCAUCAAUCAGUGCUGUUCAUUCCAAGAGUGCUUCCUAUGCCUCAAGGAUGAUUCACUUCCAUAUAUGCUUCGUGGUUCAUACACCAAUGUUGUAAUCCAUGUCAUUAUGGAUUGCUACCCACAGAAGCCGUACGCCAAGAUCAACUACAUUUGGAAUCCACUGGUCGUCAGUGAGGCCGACUCUCAUCCAAGCACAAUUGGAAGGAACACACACAAAUCAUCGGAUGGACUUGCGCCUAGCACCAACAAUAUGAGCUCACCUGUCGGCACUGGACACUUCUCCUCCUCCUCCUCAUCUGCAGGCCCGAACGACGAUGAGAUAUUCACCACGUUUGCUCCUGUACCUGAGACCAUUCACAUUGGCGACCCCUCCAACAUCUCCCAGUUCCUCAUGAACUAUGUACUGCGUCCAGAGAACUUCACCUGGAACGCCAUGUACUCAUCACAGCCUGCCCUGCAACGACCACAAUGGGGAUUCUUCCAUAAGAUUCUCAUUGCAGUCAACUACGCCUUUAAGUUUGGAUUCUUCAAACGAAAGGAGAGAAUUCUACUCAACAGACUGAGAGACAUUCUCGAGUAUCAAUCAAAUGAUGCUAUGCCCACUGCUUCACAGGUGGACCUUGGUCGCACCAUUGGUGGUUCUCGACUACUGGAGGAUGACUCCACCGUAUUGGUGGCCAUCAAGAUCGAGAUCCUCCAAAUCCUACACACCAUGCUGUCACUUCAAAAGAAGACAACGUUUGAGAACUUCCUUCGUGACAUGUCCUCCAAUGAACAAAGCGACAGCUCACAUGAGGGUGUCAAGCUCCUAAUUGUCAACAAGCUCAAUGACAUGCGUCCAGGCACGAUGAUCACUCAGAACAAGUUCAUCAUCACAUUGUUUGAUCUUUUGAAGCACGAGAACAACACACUGUCCAGUCUUGUUCUAUCUAUGCUUGUCAGAGUGUACCGCUACCAAGGCAACGCCCUCCUUGUGAACCCCACCAAGAAGCUGCUGAUCAUCUCCAAUUCGCCGCAAUCACAACUCUACGAGAAGUCAAUGAAGAAGAUGGAGGAGAUGACCAAGUACUGCUCCAAUCCACUAUCUCUGGUGGACACUGAGGAAGUGCUCAAGAUCCUGGCCUACUUUGUUCACAUGUGCGAGAGUGGCGAUGCAAAGGCCCAGAAGAAUCAGACUAUGCUCAAGGUCAUGGGUAUUCAUCAGAGGAUCAUCGGUGUGCUUAAGAUGGGUUGCUCCCUCGAGCGUCUCUUUGACGAGAGAGGUGAGGUGUGUCACUAUCUACAAACAUCCUCAUCCAAGGUCAACAACACUUUGGCAACUUCCGAUGGCAGCUCCUCCAAUCUCGGAUCACUUGUCUCUACAAGUGGUAGCUUGGGAAAUGGCGAGAGUCAAAGGAUACAACAACAGUCCUGCUUUGUGGCCAAGAUUUUCAGGAGUUGCUAUGAGUUCCUGAGAACCUUUUGCAAGAACAAUGCAGACAACCAAGCAGUACUCUAUGGCUACAUAGAGUUCCUGAUUGGACAUCUCAUUCGUUACGGCAACAUCUUUGGCACAAUCGAGACGUUGAUGGAGAUCUUCAAGAACAAUAUCAAAUUGUGUGUCCAGUUUGGAGAGUCUCCCUACAUGAAGCUGCUCAUCGAGUUCAUCAUCCAUCAGGACAUCAAGGAGGUCGACCCAUACAGCUUGAAAUUCCUCAACAUGAUCAUGAAGCCCACUGGUCUGAACGCUGUCACAGAGAUCCAGAUAUCGAUAUCAAAGAUCAUCAAACAGUAUCGAGUCAUCAUUGCCAAUUGGCUGCUUCCCUUCUCCACUCUGAAGGAGGUGAUGCGUGAGCCAAAAGGAGCGACUAUCUCCAAGUUCCACAAGUCCAACAACUCCUCUGCAUACAAGUUACACGCAUGUCUUCAAGAAGUGUUGGUCCAUUCACUACAGAACGAGCAAGACGGAGCCGAACAUCUUUCCUCCACCAAGACAUCCAACAACAACAACAACAACAACAACCCAAAGUUGAUUCGCUCCACUGCCAAGCACAUGUUGAUCACAUCGGAGGAGGUACUGCCAAGAGAGUUUGUCAUCAACCUGGAGCUCGUCUGGCUGCUCACAGUAUGUAGCUUUGGUCGCAACACACCCACCGAGAUCAUAUGCAGUGAAUUCAUAUCGAUGUAUGACUGCUUCGAGGUUCUUGUCGUCCGCACUGACGGUGCCGGUCGAGAGAACAGCAGUCUGAUGAUUCACGACACCAAGGAGUACCUGGAUCACAAUCUCCAGUUCAGAUUCAAGAGUGCCUACAUCAACUUCCUGCAUGAGGUCUAUUUCAACUCUGACACGCUCAAGGGAGACCUUUUGGCACUUCAACUGAACGAGAAUCUGUGGAACCUCGUCGACCAAUUCACCAAUCAGCUCAAGUUCCUCUUCACGAGCUACAGCACCAACCGUUUGUCAUUGGACUACUUCACCAGUAUUGCGCGAUACAUUGUGUUGCCAAUGGUAGCCAUUCUGGAGAGGUUCUAUUCACAGUGCUUCUACUUUGACAAGGCAACACAGAAACACUUGAUGUACAGCAGUGUACUCAUGGGAAACCUUCUCAAGUUCUACUCCUAUGAUGAUGCUUUGAGCAUCCCACGAAACCAAGCCAACAACAGCACCAAAAAGAUCACUUUGGUAACUGAUGAUGACCCUGGAAGCUCAGGUGGUAUCCACCCCAUUUUUGUCGACCUCCGUCUCGACGAGAAGAUCUCAUUGUUGGUCUCACUGGUCAAGUGUCUCAAAGCUAUGGACCGCUCUGCAAUCGCCCCAGCCUCCACACCGGGCAUCUCUGUGGCAUCCGUGUCCGAGGUGAUCAAGGGCUGUGAGGAGAUCACGACCAGACUCGACUACCAGAACUCCAGAUGGACAAGACAACGUGCAGAGACUGACGACGUCUCCGUCACCAUGCUCUCUAAACAAUCGUCCAUCUUCCUAUCCGACAAGAAGGAGCAUCCUCUUGUCACUCGCGUCAAGGAGAGAGGCUAUCAGCAGAUGGCCAUCAUCGCAAUGAGCAGUGCAGACGAUGGCAACAGCAACAGCAGCAGCAGCAUCAACAGCAACAGUGAUAACUCAAACAAUGGUUUUCUCGAGAUCCUGGUCUUCCAACUUCGAAACUCUCUGUUUGACAACAACGAACUGAAGCUCCAUUGUCUCAACAUCCUCCUGUCUGCGCUCAAGAACAACUCGGGAUCAAAGCGCGAGCUUCAAAUCAAGUUGACCGAGAUGUACUGUCACUCUGCCUGUAUCGGCUUGAUCGGAUCCAAGUCUAACGAGCUGGCAAUUGGUGCACUCAACCUUCUCCACAAACUGCUAGAAGAGCAGUACGACGAGACCAACCCACUGGCCAACAAUGUUGUCAAGGAAGCCAUCCAUUCAUUCUUCACAUCGUCACCCGAUAUCCAGUUCUUUAAGAACCUCUACCUGAUGAUGGAUCGCGCCAAGUCCAACCUGCGAGAUACGACCCGCAACAUCAGACUGGAGAGUAUCAAGCACAACAUAUCUGGCAACCUCGUCAUUGAGCACCAAAACACCACCAUCGGUCUGGUUCACAAGCAUGCCGACCUCGACAUGAACGUGGACCCCAAUCCAUAUGCCACAGAGUUUAUGAUGAUGAACAACAUCUUCACGGUGCUCCAACUCCUCUGUCAAGGCUCCUCCAACAUGUUCAAGAGCUAUAUUCGAUGCCAACCUGACAACUACAAAUCAUUCGAUUUGCUCCGUGAGCUGUGUCUCUUCCUCAAGGUGCUCGAGUCCAUCGUUGACAUUGACUUUGAGUCGAUCAAGCUUGCCACCCACUACUUCUCCUGUCUCAAGGAGAUCGUCAAGCACACGCCAGAGAAUCAGAUAGCUGUGACCAACAUCCAGAUGUGCAAGCCAAUCUGUAACAUCCUGCGCAAGAACGUUCCACCCCGUCUAGAGGAGAAGUUCAUGAACUUGAAGAUCGUCAUCAUCGACUUUUUACUUCACGUGAUUGACAGAGAGGAUCCACGAGUGGUCAGCCGUAUGAUCGAACUGCUCGACUACAGCGUCAUUGAAGAGAACACCAAGAUGGUCACAGCCAAGACAUCUACAACGUUUGACAAUGAAUCUCAGUCCAUCAAGCUGGCCUCCAUGUCGUUCAGACUGAUCAAGAUUCUGGCCGACAAUGACAAGUCUCAGAACCCAACACUGGCCAAGCAUCUGUUGGCCUGUGGAGAACAUUGUAAAUCGCGUAUCGGUCGUGUGGAGAUGUUCAACAACUCCAAACUAGAACGCAUUUACUUCCCAAUCCCAAGUUCUUGUCGUCGAUUGAUCCUGCAGGCCAAAGAGCAGACCAAGAUCAGAAGUGAUGAGAACCAACUUCAAGAAGACCUCCAGGACUUCUUCAUUGCCAAUGGAAUCAACUGGAACAAGACGGGUGAGAAGCUCGAGUCAUUCAUGGAGUGGUCCGAGUACAAGCUUAUUGAGAUCGAGCAUCACUACCAACUGAAGCUUCAACCUCUAUUGUACUUUGUGGUCAAGAACUACAACAAAUGGGCACUGACCAACUUUGCCUUUGCUCUGGUCAUCAACGUCCUACUGAUCGUCUAUGCAACUUCUGGUUCCACCAACUUUGAGGAAACUAACCACCCGAUAUCCUAUAUUUAUAGACGUUCUGUUUAUGUAGCCACAAUGUUCCCUCUGUCUAUCCUCCAAACAGUGUUCAGUAUACUUACCAGUGUAUCAUUCUACAUCAAGUAUGGGUCAGUCAUAUUGUAUAAAGGAUGGAUCAAGUAUCUAAACAAUGGCAACUCAUUCAUGCUACGAGGUAACAAUGAGAGAAUGCAUCACAUCAGAGCCAAAUAUCCACUUCACAAGUACCUCUAUAUCAACUUCCUACACUUGAUAACGGAUGCUGAAUCAGUGUACUUCUUCUUCUCGAUUAUAUUCUCAUUGCUUGGCCUUUACAACCCAUUGUUCUAUGCCUUCCACAUUCUACAGAUAACACUCAAGACCAAAGCACUUCGUAUUGUGAUCAGAGCAAUCAACAUCAACAAAGGUACAUUAUUAUUGAUGGGAUGCUUCAUGAUACAGUCCACCUACUUGAUGUCGAUCUUCUCCUAUGCCUUCUUCAGUCAGUACUACUACAACUACAACACAGACACGUUCUUCUGUACGACACUGUAUCAAUGCUUCUUGGGCAACGUGUUCUAUGGAGUGCCAACCAGUGGACAACUAGUACAAUUUGUCAAGUUCCAGUUUGACAAUCCCAACACCAACGCUGGCACCGGACUACUACUGGCGUGGACAGUGUUCUGUGUGAUCUUCUACGUUGUGACCACGAUCUUUUUGCUCAACGUCAUUCUCGGUAUCAUUGUGGACACUUUUGGACAGAUCCGUGACCAGAGAUCAAUCACUGAGGAGUACAAGGCCAACUACUGCUUCAUUUGUUCGAUUGACCGAGAGACCUUCCAGAAGAAAGGCAUCGACUUUAACAAGCAUGUUGAAGAUGAUCACAACAAGUGGUACUACCUCUACUUCUUUGCCUAUCUCAAGGAAAGAAUGCACAACAAUCAACAGAACCAACUGAGCGACUCUGAACUGAAUGCCCUGGAGAGGAUCGAAAGCAAUAGCUCGCUCUCCCUUUUCCCUAUCGAGUCUGCAAUCUCACUGCAACAGGACAUGGUCAACGACAACAAGCUACAGGACAUUGAGGCAAAGAUCACAUCAUCUGUAACAUCACAAAUCAAUCCAACACUGGCCAUGCUUCUGGAAGAGGUAAAGAACCUCAGACAGCAAGUAAAUGACCUAUCAAAC